AAACUAGACGAUGGCGGGGUUGGAAUCUUAUAAAAACGGCGUUCUGACCCAUACUUCGCACAGUUCGCUGGAGGUUUUGAAAUACAACGGCCGUGUGAUAAUAGUGUUGGUGAGUUAUGGCGAAUCCGAAUGUGAUAAUUCUGCAAGAUCCACAGGUUGGACCUGAUCCUACGACGAUGACUUGUCCUCAUUGCCAUGCAACGAUUACCACCAUUGUAGAAAAUCACCCUUCUAUGAAGACCCAUCUUUUCUGUAUUUUAAUUUGUGCUUUAGGGUGCAUUUGCUGCGGGCCUUGCGUCUACUGCGUCGAUAGUUGCCUGGCCAAGAAACAUACCUGCCCGAAUUGUCAUCAAUUCAUCGGAAUGUACGACAAAUAAACCGGCGAAUGAGCCCGUUGACUUCGACUACGAUUACGGCAUCUUACGAUUGCUGUAACUUUAGAGCUCAGUAUUACGGAUUGCGGCGAUGCUACUCAAACGAAGACGAUCCGCAAUUUCAAGAAUUCAUUUUUAACCUAAAAACGUCAUUCUGGCUAUUUAUUAUUUAUAUUAAAAUAUUUGACCGAGGAUAACGCAGAAGAUUAA